CUCCUCAGCCACGACGCCAUGAUGCACUGGCUCGCGACCACCGACGCUGAGCUCACCUUUAUCGGCGAGCCGCCCAACCCCCUCACGCCGCGCGCCGCGCAGAACACCAUGGUCACGUACUGCUCCUCCCGUACCCAAAACGUCUGCGGCGGAGCCUGCACGGUGUACAACGGCGGCGCGGCGUGCCUCAACGCGCCGGACACGAACUGCCUCGCUGCGACGAACAACGUCGGGUUCUGUGACCGUGGCGGGUGCGGCGGGAGCUGCAACCAGCUCUCGAGCUGCGGCACCCGCCUCGACAACGGGUUCUGCUUCACGCCGGGCACGAAGUCGAUCAUCGUCCCGCCGUCUUGA